UGAGCGGUUGGUGGGGCCGCGGGCUUUUACCUGUCGGCGCGAGUCCGUGAGGUCCGGCGGCGGCGGCGGCGGAGUGGCGAAGGGGACGCCUGGUCGAGGGUCCUUUCAGCCCGUCUGUCCUGAGAGCCCGCGUCUGCAGGGCUCUCCUUCCAACGGCGCGGGGGCUUCGAGGACCAGGUGCCGCCGUGGAGAUGUGCUCGACGCCCGGACUGCCGACGCCAGGGACCUCGCUUGUGCUGCGAGUGUCCUACGUGGACGUGCAGCCCGAGGUGAUCCCGGUGCAGCUCUGGGGUCUGGUGGGCGAGCGGCGGGACGAGUAUGUCCGGCUGAGCCGGGAGAUCCAGGAAGCGGCGGCGACUGCGCGCGGCCCGUGGGCGCUGGGCGGUGCCUCGGCUUCGCCGGGUGAGCUGUGCCUAGUGCAGGUGGGGCUGCUGUGGCACCGCGGCCGCGUGGUUAGCCGGCAAGCGCAGGAGAGCCGCGUCUUCCUGCUGGACGAGGGCCGCACCGUUACCGCCGGCGUGAGCUCUCUGGCGCCCGGACGCAGCGAGUUCUUCCACCUGCCGUCGGAGGUACUGGGCUGCGUGCUGGCGGGCCUGGUACCAGCGGGCAGCGGCGGCGCGGGCGGGGGCGAGCCCCAGCACUGGCCGGCCAGCGCCGUGGACUUCCUUAGCAGCCUGCAGGGCAAGGAGGUGCAAGGGCGGGUCCUGGACGUGCUGCUGCUCCACCGCCUGGUCCUCCUGGAGGUGCCUGGGCUGUACCAGGAGAUGCAGGAGCUUGGCCUGGCCCGGUUGAUGCCCGACAGCCUCUUCCGUUCGCUGCUCAAGCGCUACCUCACGGCUACCGUUGCUGCUCUGGGCCCCGGGGUCCAGGUAGUCCCGCGGCUCCCACCCAAGCACGAGCAUCCUGCCCUGGAUUACUUCUACCCGCAGCUGCAGCUGGGCGUGACAGAGCCCGUGGUGGUCACGCAGGUGUGCCAUCCCCACCGCAUCCACUGCCAGCUCCGCAGCCUCUCUCAGGAGAUCCACCGCCUCUCCGAGAGCAUGGCCCAGAUAUACCGGGGUUCUGUGGGGACAGGGGAUGAGAACUCUACCAGUGCCACCUGGGAGGAGAGGGAAGAAAGCCCAGACAAGCCGGGCUCUCCGUGCGCCUCCUGCGGCUUGGACGGACAUUGGUACAGGGCGCUCUUGCUUGAGAUGUUCCGGCCCCAGCGCUGUGCGCAGGUGCUCCAUGUAGACUACGGAAGGAAGGAGUUAGUGAGCUGCAGUAGCCUUCGCUACCUGCUGCCCGAAUAUUUUCGAAUGCCUGUGGUGACCUACCCUUGUGCUCUGUAUGGGCUCUGGGACGGUGGGAGGGGCUGGUCUCGGUCACAGGUCGGUGACCUGAAGGCUCUGAUCCUGGGCCAGGCAGUGAAUGCAAAGAUUGAAUUUUACUGUUCCUUCGAACAUGUGUAUUACGUUACCCUGUAUGGAGAAGAUGGGAUUAAUCUCAACUGUGUGUUUGGACUACAGUCCUGUUGCUUGGCGGACCGGUUCCUUCAGAGCCAGGGAACAGAGGAGGAAGAGGAGGAGGAGGAACCAGAAACAGAAACAGCUCUUCAGUCUCACUCUCCUGCGGAGGAAGUGGAUGAAGAGAUUGCCCUCCUGGCGUUAAGAUCCAUCAAGUUAAAGAUGAACACCUUCUAUGAUGCCCAGGUGGAGUUUGUUAAAAAUCCCUCUGAGUUUUGGAUUAGGUUGCGGAAACACAAGGGCACCUUCAAUAAACUGACGAGAAGAAUGUGCAACUUCUAUGCCUCUGCUAGUAAGCUGGAUGGUGUUGUUUUGAAACCUGAAGCCAAUGACCUUUGCUGUGUCAAAUGGAAAGAAAAUGGCUAUUUUCGGGCUAUGGUCACCAGAUUAGAUGACAAGAGUGUGGAUGUUUUCUUGGUUGACCGGGGCAAUUCAGAAAACGUGGACUGGUGUGACGUGAGGAUGUUGCUUCCUCAGUUCAGGCAGCUGCCGAUAUUGGCUCUGCCGUGUACCCUGGCUGAUAUCUGGCCUUUGGGGAAAAAUUGGAGCCAGGAGGCAGUUUCCUUUUUUAAAAAGACCGUGCUGCACAAAGAAUUAGUUAUCCAUGUCCUUGAUAAGCAGGAGAGUCAGUAUGUGAUCGAGAUUCUUGAUGAAUCUAGAACAGGGGAAGAGAACAUUAGUAAGGUCAUUGCUCAAGCUGGAUUUGCCAAGUAUCAGGAGUUUGAAACAAAGGAAAAUAUUUCUGUAAGUGCCCACUCUCUGAGGCAUGUUUCAAAUCAUUUUACUGCAGAGAAUAACAAAAUAUCUCCUGUCACAAAGAAGAUAGAACAAAAAGCCAAGAGAGCUGAAAAAACUACAGCUGUUGCAGAAGCUUUGACUGAUGCAACAGUUGUUACCAACAUUUCACCUGGGCUAGUUGUACAGGAAAAAGAGAAAAUAGUAUCUGUUUAUUCUCCUCUUAUACCGAAUUUCUUGGAAAUGAAGCCAGGCUCUUCUGGUAAAGGAGAGCUGGAAGUCGGAAGUACAGUAGAAGUCCAAGUGUCUUAUGUUGAAAACCCUGGCUAUUUCUGGUGCCAACUGACCAGGAACAUACAAGGAUUUAAAACGCUAAUGUGUAGCAUUCAGGACUAUUGCCAGAAUAUAGCUUCUCCCUACCAGGCAACCACCCCUGCUUGUUUGGCAAAACGAACAGCGAAUGGAAAAUGGUCCAGAGCUCUGAUUAGUGGGGUACAACCUUCAGAGCAUGUUAAAGUCAUAUUUGUUGAUUAUGGAGACGAAGAUAUGGUACCUCUGAAGAAUCUUUAUUCAAUUAGUGAAGAGUUUCUCAAGGUUAAGGCUCAGGCUUUUAGGUGCAGCCUUUAUAAUUUAAUUCAACCAACAGGUCAGAAUCCUUUUGUUUGGGAUGAAAAGGCAAUCCAAGCCUUUAGUGACUUUGUGGAUCACGCGUGGGAAGACAGUCUAGAAUUAAAAUGCACGAUAUUUGCUUUGGCUUCAAUACGUGAUGAAGAGCCAUUUACUGUCGUGGAUUUGCUGACACCCUUCCAGAGUGCAUGCCAUUUUUUGGUAGAAAAGAGACUGGCGAGACCGGUAAAACUUCAGCAGCCUCUGGAGUCCUCUGUUCGGCUCCAUUCUUACUACUAUUCCACACAUAAUAUGAAAAUCGGAAGUGAAGAAUCAGUGUAUAUAACACAUGUCAAUGACCCUUGGACAUUUUAUUGCCAGCUUGGAAGAAAUGCACAUAUUUUAGAACAGUUGUCAUGUCACAUUAUGCAAUUAAGUAAAGCUUUGCUGAAUUUUAAAACACCUUCCUUGGUCCCGGGACCCUUGUGCCUUGCCAAGUAUACUGAUGGAAGCUGGUAUAGGGGCAUCAUCAUAGACAGAGAACCUAACAAAGUCUUCUUUGUUGAUUUUGGGAACAUUUAUGUGGUACCAAAUGAUGACCUGCUUCCAAUACCCAGUGAUGCAUAUGACGUCUGUCUUUUGCCCAUGCAAGCUGUUAAAUGUUCGUUAUCGGAUAUCCCGGAUCAUAUACCAGAAGAAGUUACAAUGUGGUUUCAGGAGACUGUUUUAGAUAAGUCGUUGAAGGCGUUGGUCGUAGCAAAAGAUCCAGAUGGAAGACUGGUGAUAGAACUCUAUGAUGACAGUCUUCAAAUCAAUGCUACUAUUAAUGAGAAGUUAGGGCUCCUUGGUAACAAAAGUGGGACAAGAAAAACAAGUGAAGCACUCCUCUCUACAGUGGAAGCUCUUGAAAUGAAAAAGGAUGAUAUGAAGCUGUCAGCCACAGAGUACUUAAGUAAAUCCGUAGAGAUCAAAUCAGCUAGUAUGGCGAUCUUAGGAGAAUCAUACAAACCUAAGAUGAGCUCGGCACCUAAGGAACUCAAACUUGGGCGCAGUUCAACGAAGACAAACUUAGUCACUCAAUAUCAGGACUCUUUGGGGACUCAAGAUAACCUAGUGCCCCCAGCACCAAUAGAAAAGAAAGAAGAAAGUUUGGCUGAGCCACCUUUGAAAGCCACAAAACCAGAAGCCACUCUUUUAGAGAGAAAAAUAGGAGAUUCUGGUAACAAAGAUUUGCCUCUCAAAUUUUCUGAGUUCCCUCAGAAGACUAUAGUGCCUGGCUUUAAAACCACAGUAUAUGUUUCUCAUAUAAAUGACCUUUCAGAUUUUUAUGUUCAACCAGGAGAUGAGGCUGAAAUUAAUCGUCUUUCAGAGAGGUUAAACGAUGUGAGAACAAGGCCUGAAUAUUACUCAGGUCCACCUUUGCAAAGAGGAGAUACAAUAUGUGCCAUUUUCCCAGAAGACAAUUUAUGGUAUCGUGCUGUGGUCAAGGAACAACAGCCCAAUGACCUUCUCUCUGUACAGUUUAUAGAUUAUGGCAAUGUUUCUGUGGUUUGCACCAACCAGAUAGGUAAACUUGACCUUGUCCAUGCACUAUUACCAAGAUUGUGCAUUCACUGUUCCUUAAAGGGACCCUGGGUUCCUGACAUUUUAAACCAUAAGGAAAUGAUGCAUUACUUUUCCCUAAGGACCAGCGAGGCUCAAAUUAGAUGUGAAUUUGUUCAGUUUCAAGACAAAUGGGAAGUUAUUCUCGCUGAUGACCAUGGCAUCAUAGCAGAAGAUAUGAUUAGCAGAUACGAAUUCAGAGAAAAAUCUCAAAUAGGACUUUCUACCCAAAUCAUUAAAGGGGCCUGUUCAAAGUCUGUCCCCAAAACAGACAGAGACACUUCUGUGUUCCUUAACUGGUAUGAUCCAAAUAUGAAGAUGGUAAGAGCUUAUGCCAUGGUGAUCGAUGGACCUGAAUACUUUUGGUGUCAGUUUGCAGACACUGAGAAACUUCAGUAUUUAGAGGUGGAGGUACAAACUGCUGGAGAACGGGUGACCGACCGGAGAAGCUGCAUCUUGUGUCCUCAGAUUGGAGACCCUUGCAUAGUGAGAUACAGAGAAGAUGGGCAUUACUAUAGGGCACUGGUCACCAGUAUUUGUGAAGAUGACCUUGUGUCUGUCAGGCUUGUGGACUUUGGAAACAUUGAAGAUUGUGUGCACCCCAGAGCCCUCUGGAGCAUUCCCUCUGAACUGUUGUCGGUUCCCAUGCAAGCCUUUCCAUGUUGCCUCGCAGGAUUUAAUAUUUCAGAAGGUACAUGCCCUCAAGAGGGAAAUGACUACUUUUAUGAAAUCGUAACAGAAGAUGUGUUGGAGAUAACAAUAUUAGACAUCAAAAGGGAUGUUUGUGAUAUCCCUUUGGCCGUCGUUGACUUGAAAAGCAAAGGCGAAAGUAUUCGUGAGAAAAUGAAGAAAUACUCCAAGAUUGCUACGAGUAACAGUGAGCUGCCUGCUGAAAAGAAUGGCCCUGAGAUAAAGGAAGCUCUCGGGUCCUCUAGUCCCGAUGUUGGAAUGAAGAAACCAAGUAGUAAAGCGGGACGAGAGAAAACACUCUAUGUCGAAUCACAGACAGAUGCGCUCUCUGAAAGAAUUGAAAAGGACUUAAACAUCGUUGAAACCAAACUAGGUAAAUUCUGUGACCCUGGACCUGAUAACAUUUUUGAAAGCCCAGGCAAAGACAAAAUUGCUACUGAGAUGUUGGAAGCUAGGGUCGAGUGCCCUCUGGUUGACAAAGCCAAGUUUGAUGAUAAAUACCUCAUUACAGGGUUUAACACGUUAUUACCCUAUUCCAGCAAGACAAAGGAGAUCCUAGAACUGAAUUCCCUUGAGGAGCCACUUUCUCCUGACGAUGAAUCCAAAGAAUUCCUGGAGGUAGAAUCCAGUGUGUUACAGGAUUCUCUAGUGAGGGAUGAGGAGAAAGAUGGGCUGGGCUUGGUGCCCCCGAUGGGGCCUCUUCCCCAAGGCUCUGACUUCGGGGCCACCCUGCCCCCAUUUCCCAUGCAGCUUCCCCUCAACUCUGAAGCUGAGAAGCAGCUGGAACUAGAAGUACCCACAGCCCAGCUGUGUCUAGAGGACAAAAUAAACCCUUUGUCUCUAAGAGUUAGUCAGAAAGCCGAAGAAUCCCCGUGUGCCAAGGACACAGGAAGGUCAAGUUGUGUGGACUGUUUUGAUGAGGAGCCUAGGUUACCAUUGCACCGGCAUGGAAAGAGUUGUCAUCCCAAGAUGCAGAUUGCAGUGAACGUCUACAAAGAAGAAUUUGCAGAAUAUAAAAACAGAGAUGCCAUGUUAUCCUUGAACUCUCUGUUUUCAGAAGAAGACUCCAGAGAUGGAAGGAAACAUAAUAACACUUUCUCAGAUCAUGUCCCAGCUCAACCAGAGACUACCUACACUCUGAAAGGAUUUACUGUCGGAUCCAAGUGUGUGGUGUGGUCAAGUCUAAGAAACACGUGGUCUAAAUGUGAAAUUUUGGAAGUAGCGGAAGAAGGCACAAGGGUUUUGAACCUUUCAAAUGGUUUGGAGGAGGUGGUGAGCCCUGAGAAUGUCUGGAACGGCAUACCCAAAUUGGAUAAGAGUCCAUCUAAGGCUGUCUUCCAAACAGUGGGACAAGAUCUUUACUUCAUGUCAUCGGAUGAUACUGCGAUGAAAGAAAAGGGGUCCGGAGGCGACAGAGAUUUAACUUUGGAUCCAUAAAUGAGGCCAGUCGGUCAGAAGCUGCUCUUAAACAACUGGCAUCUCACCCACACCAACAGGAUCUUUGAGAAAAGGGGGUGUGUUAGUCACAGGAAGUUGUCAUUUUCGAAAAACAUGGAUGCGUGUGGAAAACAAAACAGAUCUCCGGCAGCCCAUGCAGUGUAUUUCUCGUGCUACCGCUGUGUAUCCAGAGUUGGGAUUUUCCCUCUCCCUUUAAAUAUGUUGCCUUUCCAAUCCGUGGGGAGGAUUUAUUUUGCUAAACAAUUUAGUUUUCUAAAUAAUUUGCUAACUUUUCAAAGCAUUAGUCACAUUUCAAAAAAUAUAUUUUGGUUUCUUCUGAAUGUAGUGUUUAAAAUAGAAAGUUAUAGGUUGAUGCCAAGUGUAUUCUAUGAUGCCACCAGGGAGGGUGGCUUUGUUAGCGAUAACUCCUUUGAGAUUUUUGUUUUGUUUUCUGAAGCUUUGCCUUUCUGUCUAGUUUCGACUAAUAUUCUGUUUGGAUUUACACUCACAGGACACAAGAUUUGAAUAAAGUUUAUCCUUAAAGGUG